GAUCACUGAGUAAUGUCAAAUGUGUAAUAAAGCAGAUUUUACACUUGUGACUAAUAAGAUAAUUUUGUAAAGUUUUAAUAUGUCGAUAGAUAAAUCAGAAUUUAAGGUUUUUCUGAAGCUGUUUAAAUUGUUUUAUUUAUAUUAAAGUUGAAAUACAUUUUUACUAUUUUACAAAAUAUAAUAUUUUUCUAUAUGACAUUUUUAUUGUUAUAACAACUUCUUGUUUGCCGAAUGCCCAUUGCCAGAUUGUAUGUAGAUAGUUAAGUUAAGUCGAAUUCAAAUAAACUUGAUUAACUACUAAUGUUUAGUGUAUUUAAAAUUUAUUUUUCAAUGUGUACAAGUUAUAAAUAAAUUAAGAAGUAUUUUUUUUAUUUUACAUUUAUAUUUAGUUUUUUCACUGUAAAAUACUAGAUGACCUAUGAUUCGAUCCAGACUUAAUAUGCUCACUCACUUUAAAUGUAGAGCAAGAUUUUAUCCCCGAUCCAAUAUUGAGCGAUAUGAUGUUCCUGAUAAUAAAGUUUCAUGGGACAUUGAAUUCAAAAAAUAUAAUCCACCUACUUACACUUCACCGACUAUUAAAGGAAAACCUUGGGCUGAUCCUGAAAUAGAUGAAUCUGACUUUAAGCCUAAAUGGAAUAACUUAGACGGAAGUGUAAACCGUAUGAGUCAUACCGGGAAUUAUACAGUUUUAAAUGGCAUUCCCUUAAAUCCCGUUGGACGUACCGGAAUAACUGGUAGAGGAGUGUUAGGAAGGUGGGGGCCAAAUCAUGCUGCUGAUCCAGUUGUAACAAGGUGGAAACUAGACCAUAGUAAUAGGCAGAUUCUACAAUUCAUAGCCAUUAAACGGAGUGACACUGGAGAAUGGGCUCUUCCUGGUGGCAUGGUUGAUCCUGGAGAGAAAGUUGCAGCUACCGCUGUUAGAGAAUUUCAAGAAGAAGCAUUAAAUACUUUAGAAGCUUCUGAAGCUGAAAAAGAAAGUUUGAAAGAGAAAUUUAAGGACUUCUUCAGUGGUGGCAUUGAAAUAUAUAGUGGAUAUGUUGAUGAUCCUCGCAAUACUGACAAUGCUUGGAUGGAAACUGUUGCAUACAAUUUCCAUGAUAACAAUGGUUCCAUUGUUGGAGAAUUACAAUUAAAUGCAGGAGAUGAUGCAGUAGGAGUUUGUUGGGUAGACAUUACGUCUGAUUUAAAAUUGUAUGCAAGCCAUAAAGAUAUUAUUGAUUGUGUUUUAACUAGGCAUGUUGCAUCUAACUGAAAACAACAGACAAAAAAAAAGAAAUAAAAAUCUCUUACACCUCA